UGAUCUCGCAUUUGUAAUAUAUGAAUAAAUAAAUUGACAUACGUAUAGUAGGCGGAUAUAUGAUUUGAACAUGAUAGCAGUAUCGAACGAUAUCGCGGCCCAGAUAUGAUAUAAUGAACACACACAACAUACCCUGUGACAAAUUCGAUGAGCCCAGUACCGCAGUUAAAUUUGCCGAAAGUGGGACUCUCAAUGAUGUACAUUGCUGUACAUUGAGAUGCUUUCAAGCACUCAAUAUCGUUAUCAUGAAGCGUUCCUUUCAAUUCAUAACGAAUUGCGGUCCCCCGGCACCAUACCUUCCUUCAUUAGAGGUUUUUAUUGAUGCCAUCGUUUGAUUAUCGCCUGACCCGCAGGCAGCCACUUUCUUCCAGAGUAUCAGUUCAGAGAGAGUGAUACAAAACCAGCGCGGUUUGAUAACGCCCUGUAUGUUUGAUUUUCACACAGCGCGCGGCACGGGUGAUCAUACAGACUUCCCUUCCUCGGGUUUGCUCAGGACUGUGUGUAGCUUUCCUCAUCUUGGCGCCCCCGCCAGCUUGUAAUAGUCUAGAGAAGGAAGGAAGAAGGAGGUGAUUUUUCACAGGUGAACAGGCCAGGGAAAACAAAUCGCUAACCGCCGCGGUGCGGUGACUCCAUCAGACUUGUUGCACAGUGGAAGGAUGUGGCUUCCCCCAUGUACACCAUAGUGGUGCUGGGUUCACGUGGCGUGGGCAAGAGCGCCCUGAUAACACAAUAUGCGGAGAACCGUUUCGAAGAGGAGUACUACCCGACAAUCGAAGACAAUUUCAGAAAGACCGACGAGAUAGAUGGGAAGUCGUGCCUUCUGGAUGUGUUAGACACUGGAAGCCAGGAGGAGCACAAGUCUCUCCGAGAGGGCGAUCUGUCCCGAGGCCAGGGUUUCGUCCUGGUGUUCUCCCUCACACAGGAGUCUUCCUUCACAGACCUGCUGGAGACAUGGGACAGGGUGCUGCAGGCCAGGCCAGGGGGAGAGGUUCCUAUGGUUUUGGUGGGCAACAAGUGUGACCUUGUGUCCGAGCGGGAGGUCAGCGAGGAAAGAGGAGAAGGUCUCUCGGUCAAGUUCAACUGUUCCUAUUUGGAGACAUCGGCAAGGCUAGGAACUAACGUUCAUGAGGUGUUCCGUGGGCUGGUACGGCAGAUUGUGAGGACGACACCUGGGUCACGUGAUUAUGACUGGAAGCAAGAAUCUCGCGGCCAGGACAGAGGGUCUCGCAUGUGUGUUCUCCUGUGAUAACUAUUAAAGUCACAAGGACUUUUUAUCGGAGGGAGGCAGACUUAAAAUCAGGGCUAUCCUUACACUCCUCCGACCAAAAUCUCAAAUUGGACUAUUGGAUUCUGCGGCAGCCCGCACUAGUCAACAAACGGACAAAGCUUGAUUUCGAUGUCGCAAAAAUUGUAUUGAUUAAGCUGCCAUCUAUUUAGGCAGCCAUCUUGGGAUCACUUGACCCAAAUCAACCAAUCACAACAUUCAAUCGUGGACAACUGACCCACACGAACCAGUCAAACUGUUUUGGCAGGUGCACCCCUAUCUUCAUGCAUGAAAAGAUCAAGGAGGUUUUAUUGAUAAAACCUCCUUGAAAAGAUCAACUGAAACGUUACCACAACUUUUAUAUAAAACCAGUUUCCUUCCCAUUAUAGGGUUCUAGUAUCGCAUAUCGUCCUUUCCGUAGCAUUGCGUCUCAUAGCUGUGCAUGCAGUACAGCACUGGGCUACUCCAUUUUCCAUGGCGCGUGUUUAAAAUUGAGUAUGAUGAAGCCUAUCUACGCAGUCACGUGUGGCUUCCCUCUCCGUCAAAAAAGAAAAUAAACCCAAGCUAGUACGCCACACUAGGACUCAUUAGUCUAGUCUAACGUUAAAGGUAAGACGGGGAAUACGCUUGAAAAUGGUACUUAGUAUUUUCUUUUGUAUAAUUGAACAAGAAAUAAGAAGAAAAUUAUACACACAGCCUUCGUGUCUCGAUGUUUUCUUCUGGGAUUCUUGGUUGGACAUGAUUCCAUCGCCUCUCAGCAAUGGCAGCAAUGCCGGCAAGCAGCAACGUCGCUUGCAGUAGUGAGAUUGUUACAUAUAUAUCGCACUCCACUCAAGACAUUUACCCCACGCAUUAGCGUCCAUUAAGAGAUUAGACGUAACAUCGGAGUGACUGGGUCCCCUACUGCGCAGCAUCACAAGGCUUAGAAAAAUAUGGCAUUCCAUUUUAGGUCCCUGUUUGAACAAUUUG